UCAUGGGGAAGGCUCAACCUUUAUUACGCUGUAUGGUAUUCUAAUGUGGGAUAUCAUUUUCAUGGAUGACAUACCCGACGUUUUCAGAAAUUCCUAUCAGACAUUCCCCCUGGAUUUAUACACUGACAGCUUCUAUGAGAACAGGAGGGAUGUCAUUGAGGCCAGACUCCAGCAGCUUCACACAGCUUCCUCAGAGACAAUGGCAAAGUUGGUCGCUGACAUCUGGACCACUCAGGAGGGAAAAGCAGCAGCACUAGUUAGCUGGGGGCGUUUUAGUUCCCUCCAGCAAGUUCAGAACCUUGUCUCUUGCCUUGGAGGGAUGUUUCUGAGUGGUGUUUUUAGGCGACUUUCCAAAGAUCUACGCCAUUGCAGAGGGGGACUUCCUGACCUGGUUGUGUGGCGUACUCACACUAAUCACUUUAAGCUGGUGGAAGUGAAAGGUCCCAAUGAUCGCCUGUCCCACAAGCAGAUAAUCUGGCUGAGUGAACUGAAGAAGCUGGGUGCUGCAGUAGAAGUUUGUCACGUGCAAGCCGUUGGAGGCAAGAGUAAGCGCCUCAGUUGACAAUAGAGGUUUUUGGUCACAUGGGUAACUUUGGUGUUUUUUAAAGGAACUGGCAUGAUGCACACUACUGGCUGCUGCUUAUUAAAAGUACACAAAACAUUCUAAAAAAUAGUUUGAGAAGACCGUCGGUAUGAUUUACUAUAUGUCCCUUUGUGUUCAGAAGAACAAAACCUUUCUCUUC